UGUUCGACUUCUUCGAGAUAUAAUUCGCAGUUAAGUUUCCACCGCUUCCCUGUCAAUCGUGAGGUAAAAGCGCAGUGGCUCGUUAAAAUCAAGCGAGACAACUUCACUCCCACCGAGUCGACACGGGUUUGCAGCAGACAUUUCAUCACUGAUGACUUUUUGCUGAGCGAGGGGGUGAAAAGACGUCUGAAAACAGGUGCUGUUCCUUGUUUGUUUGAGUGGAACAACUUCACAUUACCAGCUCCUAGGCUCAAUGUUUGGCAACGUCAACCGAGACCCUCAUCUCCUGACCCUCACCCAGCUGAUGCUGAAACGACAACUCCGCCCCUCCCUCCGGUACAACUGGACCAUCCGUACAGUGUUACAAUGAAGCCAGUUAAUUAUGACCUGUUGCUUGAAAAUGAAGCGUUGCGAAAUAAGGUCACCGAGUACGAGCGUGUAAUGGAGGGAAUGCGCUUGCAGAUGGAGUCCAUGCAGUUACAUUCACGUUUUGGCCUCCAUCACCUUGUUGGAUCCGAUGAGGACAUCCGCUAUUACACCAGAUUUGCAUCCUACCGCCAUUUCCAGGUGUUUUGGCAACAGGUGGAGCGUGCUGCCACUACAAAAAUGGUGCGCGUCACAUCUGCCUCAAGUAGUGAUCCAUCUCAACGGGCUACAAAGCUUCCUCCUGUUGAUGAGCUUUUGCUUUUCCUCAUGCACCUGUCUCUAGGGCUGGAUCUCUAUGAUCUUGGCAAGCGGUUUAAAGUGCACCCUUCCACAGCUAGCAGAGUAAUUACUACCUGGACUCACUUCCUCUAUCACCUUCUGGGCUCCAUUCGGCUGUGGAUCCCCCCAGAUGUUGUCAGGGCACAUCUACCCCCAGAAUUUAAAAUGUUCCCCGACACGCAGGUGGUGCUUGACUGCACAGAGUUAUUCUGUCAGUCGCCCUCCUCGCUCCUUCUCCAGAGUGAAGUAUACUCAACAUACAAAUCCCACCCAACCUUCAAGGCCAUGAUUGGCAUAGCGCCACAUGGUGUGAUCACUUUUGUAUCACCACUAUAUGCCGGGUCACUUAGUGACAAAGAGAUCUUCAGGAAGUGUGGCAUCACUAAGCUGCUAACCCCACAAAUGGCCAUAAUGGUAGACAAGGGCUUCCUUGUUGAGGAUAUCUGUCCCUGUAAAAUUUACAGGCCUGCUUUCCUUGUUAAAAACAACCCCAUGUCAAAAGAGGAUGUCCAGCAGACCCAGCAAAUUGCCAGCCUCAGGGUUCACGUGGAGCGAUGUAUUAAGAGGGUAAAGGAGAACAACCUGAUUAGCGGAGAGAUCCCUUUAUCGGUCACAGGGAGUAUUGACCAGUUGUUUUCUGUCGCAUGCCUUUUGUCGAAUUUUCAAAACGGCCCUCUAGUGAAGGCAUGGGCUGAACUGAACUGAAUCAUUCCAUGCAGUUUUAUUGCAUAGCCCACCGUUUUUAAAAGUAAGUAAGGCCUUAUUGAUUUGCCCAAUAUGUCUGUAAAUAUGUGAAUAUGUGAUUAAUAAUUUGGAUAUUGAUUACCUGUAAGCUGUUUAAGGUAUUUAUAUAAAACUUCAAUAUUUUUC